AUGACACGAUUAAAUAUGCCUAGAAGGUCAAGUAGUGGCACUAAAAGUUUCUCUUCAGCGAAGCAAAGUAUUAAUUCUCGUUCAAACGCUUUUAAUCGAAGUGCACCUUCUUUCAACCCUUCCUCGGGACUCAGUAAAGGUGGUCAAACUUCUAGAAGCAGUCAUAAUACUGCAGCAAGAAACAAUGCAAUUAUUAAAGGGAAUCAAAAUUCUUAA